CCGAGGUGAUAAAAGCCCCGAAAGGUUUCGAAGACGAGCAUAGUUGGUGAUUCCCAUUCAUCCGAGAAGCCAGAUACGAAACGAAAUAAUAAUUUCUCUUAAUUAAUCGAGUCUCUCGAUAGUCUGACUUUUAUUUUAUUCGACUUUAUAAAAGUGAUCAAAUAAUUGAGUAAAUAGAGAGAAAUUCGACGACGAUGCGACGAUAUUCACUCGCCUUGGUAGUGCUGGUGUGCAGUUUGUUUGCUGCGACCACGUGUGUUGCCCAGUUCCAAAGGCAGAAACAAGCGAGUACGUACAACCGAGUGGAGCAAUCCGCGAAGUCGUUUGCUCCUUCGUCGGUCUCCUGUCCAGAGAAAAACGGACGUUUCCCGAUUCCUUCCCAAUGCGAUGCUUACAUCGAGUGCAUAGACGGAGAGGGUGAAGAGAAAUUAUGCCCCGACGGACUUCUCUUCAAUCCCGACGCGCGUUUCAAUUAUCCUUGCGGAUAUCCGAUCGACAUUCAGUGCGAAGGACGCUCUCAACUCCAACCAGCGCAACCGACCGAAGAUUGCCCUCAUCGCUACGGUUACUUCAAAGUCGGUGAUUCCUCGCAUUGCGGACAGUUCAAAAACUGCGCCGAUGGCGUUGGCUACGUUUUCAACUGUCCCGAAGGUCUCGCCUUCAAUCCUGAAACUUACCGAUGCGAUUGGCCCGAUCAAGUUCCAGACUGCGACGCCGAAGCUUUCCUCGGCUUCAAGUGUCCUCCCGUCGACAAAGAUAACUUUUAUUUCGGGGAACUGACGAGAUUCUUCAAAAGCCCUUCCGACUGUGAGCAUUACUUCGUGUGCGUCGAAGGACGACCACGUCUCAUGAAUUGUGGCGAAGGAAACGCAUUCAAUGAACUCAUCAAUGCUUGUGAUGCCGCCGAAAACGUCACCGGAUGUGAACCGCCAUUCAGACCUGAAGAUCCAACGGGACCGUCCGCAGCUUUCUCUGGAAGAUCCCCGAGAUUGUUUUAAUUAACGAACAAAGUCGAUCCAUUUUUAAAUGAGAAGAAAUCAAACCCGAAUAAACUGACCGAAGAAAAAAAAGCGUCUCAGCAAGUUUUUUCAUCCCCAUUUUGAGCAUUUUGUGCAACGAAGACCCAAACAUUUUUAUUUCAGUGAGUUAUAAAAAGCGUUGAAAAAAACGGGAGUCCGAAUCAUUUUUAUCGAGAGUAAUGAACUCGGUGGAAAAUCAUUCAGAGAAUUUUCGUCUUUUUUUGUACGCAUACAGAGUUUCAGGAAAAAUUAUCAUUUCAAGUUACGAAACGGGGAAAAAUAAUUCGAUUAAAUUACAUCGUCGAUUUUCUUGCACUCAUAAAUUUUUAUUCGUUGCAAAAAAGUACAUUUUUUUAGCCAACUUUACAGUCAACGCAAAAGGACUCUAAAAAAAAACAAAAACACGUCUUUGUCUGAUAAAUGGAAGAAAAACAUAAUUGUACGGUUCGAAGAAUAAUUUUCCGGCAAAACCGACUUCGCACGAGUCACGAUAAGACGCAAAUUAUUGUUGGAGUCUUUCUCGCAUGUAAAUUAUUGAAUUUCGUCACAGAUAAGGUACAGAUAUUGUGACGUUUGAAUGAGCCUGCAGUUUUGUGUAUUGUAAGUUCACGAAACUUGAGUUUGAAGAUUACAAUAAAAUAAUGAGAAAAAUCGA